AAAAACUCCAACACAGCUGAGGUGAUGAUCAGACGCACCAAAUUAUAACAGCUGCGUUUUUUGUUGUUGUCUUGACUUUGUCACGCAGUUACUUUCGGUUUGCGUGCGCGUGCUGUGCUGCGUUUGGAGAGGAAAAGAGCCAACAACAAAAAAAAAAAGAAGAAGAAAAAGUCAAGAGAAGUCAGCGGCUGUCAUUAGAUUCCCAUAAUCAGUAGAAUUGCCAGUAGGUGUGAAUUCAUGUCUGUAUUCUCCCCGCAGAUAUACUGCCCAGUGUUUGUGCCCAGCCGAGAUAUGACUGAGGUGAUGAUCAACAGCACCCCCAUGGAGGACAUGAGGCUCAGCCCCAGCAAGGACAGACUCUCCUUUCAGAUAUUCCCCGACCCCUCAGACUUUGACCGCUGCUGUAAGCUCAAGGAUCGGCUGCCAUCCAUCGUGGUCGAGCCGACGGAGGGAGAAGUCGAGAGUGGGGAGCUUCGCUGGCCUCCAGAGGAGUUUCUGGUCAGUGAAGAGGAGGAGGAAGAAGAGGAGGAGGAAGAGGAGGAACAGAAUAACGGCAGCAUCCAAAAUGGACAACCGACACAGAAUUCCCAGCACUAGAGGCUGUGUCGACACACCCAUGCUCCCCUGUUCCCUCCUUCUUUCUGACAGACUCUCUCCCACACUGGUUACACUGCACCUCAGCACUCCAACAAACUGGCAGACACACAUUCAGUGUCUCGCGAUGCCAUCUCGUUGCCCUCGACACCAAAGCGUCAAUCCCACAAGAGAAGCAAUACACAUUUUCUCACACAAUAAUUUAUCCUCCUGGACUGCAGAUCCACAAAAUCAGACUUGAGAAGAACGGACACGCACACCUCAUAUUCAUACUGAUAUUCCUGCAGUGUGUGCAAUCAAUCUCCAAACUUAAAUCCCCAGCUCUAUGAUCUUCAUCUGCAUCUCCAUCAUCUCAGAUGUCAUGGAGCUCUGGUUGUCUUCAUUCAGAGCUGGACACCGCACACUUAUUUCCUACCAUGCCUACCACCGUGUGUGUCUCGGCCCAGAACGGACGUCCUGUUGGACAGCGGCAGCUCAGUGCUCCAUGGACAGCUCUUACACUGCAGGGGCGACAACUGCUCUGUACUUUACUCCCAAAUGGCUGGCGUCAUGACCCCAGAGACUUUAGACUCUCAUACAGAACUAUUGUGGUACCCGUGGGGAUUAUCGUCUACAGUAACACUGUCCAUACCCGUGUUCACUUUCUGGAUUGAUAUGUUAAUUAUUGUGAUUGCCACUGCUGUCCAUAGAUCUGUCUCUUUCUGAGAAGUGAAUGUUUUGUGAUUUUGUCUGUUUUUUGAGAAGUGGGUGUUUUGUGUCAAACGUUACCGGGAUCCCACCUCAACCCCCUUGUUUAAAAAAAAAACAAAAAACAAAAAACAUUGUGACCUUAUGUCGGACAUUCACAGUAAAAAAGCAACCUGGAAUAAUUUUAGAGACGUGAGCAGAAACCGAAAAUAAACCAGCAUGCUACGCUUAUGCGAUAAAUUCAUUGUACAAAGGCUUGUUGUGCAGUGAGGGCUCAGUCGCGCUAUGAUCCUCUCAUUACAUUGGCCUUCUGUGAGCCUUAUGACAAACAGUACUUGGACGACAAAGCGAAAUAGUUCAACAUGGAGAACAAAAUCUGAUGCAAGCAGGUUUACUGUUCAAAAAGGGCAAAGCUGAGUAAGGACUGCGAAAUUAUAAUUUUUGGAAAAAGCAGUUGAAGCAAUGUACAGACGAUGAAGGAUGUGUAAAUAGUUGUUCCCAAUGAGCCAACCCCUGCGGCCUUGUAGUGCGCUGAUCUUGUUUGUACUCUGGGUUUUACUUUGUAGAAAGCCAAAGACUGAGAAUCGCUCUGAGCUGUACACACCUGAACUGAAAGUCUCCUCGUCUUCCUUUUUUCUUUUUUGAAAACAGCCAUUCGUUUGACACGAUGAAGUUCAGGUCACUGAUAAGUCACGCUGUAGGACAGAGUUCACGAAUACAUACAGUAAUAUCUGACAGUAUUAAAGUCUUUUAGUCCCGAUGUUUGCCAAAAGCUGUUAAUGGGAAAUCUUUGUUCUCUGGUAGCAACGUCUGUUUUGUCUGUGCUGCAAUUUCAGAAGUCGGUGUUCCUUUGUUCACUCUUUAAAUCAGCACUCUAUUUGUGGUCCAAGUCUCGUCAGUCAGUCGGUUUGUGGAAAAUAUUUCACUCUUGUGUACACUAUGAAAUCCUGUCGUACAAGCAUGAUUGAAAUGUGUCUGUUCUUUUUGUAAUUUCUCAUUUGAGUGGCAUUAGGGCUGUGUACAGAACAUCUCUCUCUUUCUCCUGUCUGUCACCUACAGGUCCCACAUUGUUUUUGUAAAGCUCAGGGAGAUUAGCCGCCAUCUUUCUCUUGUUUUGUUUUUUUGUUUCUUUUUGUAUUUAGACCACUUUUCUCUGUGACAAUUACAGAGGCUGUAAAUAAACAUUUGAAUUUGCUAUCCAA